GGUCGAGAGGACGGUUCUCGCGAGAUCCGCGUGCCAGCGGCCUGGCGGAGGCGGCGAGAGGGCCCCGCGAUCGUGCGUCGGAGCCGGCACCGCGGCGCGCUCGUAAGAGUCCAGGAUGAGUUAUGCAGAAAAACCUGAUGAAAUCACGAAAGAUGAAUGGAUGGAGAAACUUAAUAACUUGCAUAUCCAGAGAGCAGACAUGAAUCGCCUUAUCAUGAACUACCUUGUUACAGAGGGCUUUAAGGAAGCAGCCGAGAAAUUUCGGAUGGAGUCUGGAAUUGAACCCAGCGUUGACUUAGAGACUCUGGAUGAAAGAAUAAAAAUCAGAGAGAUGAUAUUGAAAGGGCAGAUUCAAGAAGCCAUUGCAUUAAUAAACAGCCUCCAUCCAGAGCUGCUAGACACAAACAGAUACCUUUACUUCCAUUUGCAGCAGCAGCAUUUGAUCGAGCUGAUUCGGCAGCGCGAGACAGAAGCGGCUCUGGAGUUCGCUCAGACCCAAUUAGCGGAGCAAGGCGAGGAGAGCAGGGAGUGCCUGACAGAAAUGGAGCGCACGCUGGCUCUGCUCGCCUUUGAUAAUCCUGAAGAAUCCCCCUUUGGAGACUUGCUUAACAUGAUGCAGAGGCAGAAGGUAUGGAGUGAGGUUAAUCAAGCUGUUCUAGACUAUGAAAAUCGUGAAUCAACACCCAAGCUGGCAAAAUUACUGAAACUACUACUGUGGGCUCAGAACGAGCUGGACCAGAAGAAAGUGAAAUACCCCAAAAUGACAGACCUCAGCAAGGGGACGAUUGAAGAGCCCAAGUAAAACGUGUGCAGAUGGACACCAAACAACCAUAGUACUGCACAGGAUACAUUUAUAUCAGUCUGUGACUGAAAUAUUUUUACUACAGUACAGCACUCAAUUCAGAUUUUUCAACGAACAUCGAAUUUGAAGGGAGAAAAGUCCCUUUUAAAUGCUGCAAAAACUGCAUUGAAAGGCGCUGUAUCUCUUUGAAAGUCUGACUUAGGCUAUGCACUAUAAUACAUUUUUAAAAGAAACAAACCAAUUAAACAGGACAGAAAAAGAAGAGCAUUUUUAAAAGUUGAGAACCCAAGCUUUCUAAUUAGCUACUGAUGCCUAGUUUAGUGGCCAGUGAGUUAAUCCAGAGUUAUAUCGGCAACUCUACAGUUCAGUUUAACUGUCUCCUGUUUGAAAUGUGUAUAUAGAACAGUGAAUAUUUUCUACCUUUUAAGUUAUAGCCAGAUAUACAUUCCCCUUACAAGUAACUGGUCAAGUUUUCAUCUAUAAACCUUGCAGUAAAGGGGCAACCUUUUGCAUAGGAAAUAGUGUACAAACUUGUAAAGCAUAAUUUAAGGAGGUUGUUUUGUUUUGUUCUUUUU